UCCUUGUUUUCAUUUGGUGUUUGAAAAAGUUUAUCGAAAGCAAAUAUUUUAAUUAAUAAAAAAAAAAAACUAAAAAGAAUAAGUUAAAUUUUUUUUUAAUUUUGUGCUUAAAAUUUGCUUAAUUAUUAAAUAUUUUUCGUGAACAAAAAUUUAUUCAACUUUGGCUUUAAAUGUUUGUAUAAUUUUACAAACACGAUUUUUAUUUACACGAUUGACGCGUCAUAACUAUUAAAAAAUCCUUUAAGAAGCAAAUUUAGUAUUUUAUUUACAAAGUGCGCCAGAACUCAAUAAUUUUUACUGAAAAGGUUUUGUGUGUUUUUUUUUUUGCAUAGAAGUAAAACCAGUUCUAAUUUAAUUCCGUCGUAAAAAACUGUCGUGAAGAUUUCAAACGACACAAAUUUUGUUUUCAUAUUUUAAAUUUUCUAAUUUGAAAUUUUUAAUCAAAAAAGAAAAUAAGAGAAAAAAACCAAAAAACUUCUAAAAAGAAAAAAAAAAAUUUUUUUUUUUUGGAUUAAUUGUUCAUUGAUUUAUUUUUCAUUCUAAUUUUAUUGGACAAAAUAUUGAAGAAAAAUAAUUUAAAAGAAAAUGGAAGGUUCCGGUAAUAUAAAUACAGCUGGAGCUACAACUGAAACAGAUCAAAAACCUAUUGUUGAUGAACAAACAGAGAGUUUAUUAGCUAGUAUAUUAAGUGAAAUUUUUUAUAGCCCAUUGAAUUUAUUAUUAGUGGUUAUAAUAGCAAUUUUAAUAUAUAAAAUUAUUAGAGGCCGAUUCGAUGAACCACAUACUAAUCAGAGUCCAAAAGAGGAAAAAUUACCAAAAAUGAAAAAACGUGAUUUCACUGUUAAAGAACUAAAAGAAUAUGAUGGUAAACAACCAGAUGGUAGAAUAUUAAUGGCUGUUAAUGGUAAUGUUUAUGAUGUCACCGCUGGAAAAAGAUUUUAUGGACCAGGUGGUCCAUAUGCUGUAUUCGCUGGACGUGAUGCAUCUAGAGGUUUAGCGACAUUUAAUGUUACUGCCAAUGACAGUGAAGAAUAUGAUGAUUUAAGUGAUUUAAAUUCUUCUGAAAUGAGUAGUGUUAAAGAAUGGGAAAUGCAACUAAAAGAGCGAUAUGAAUUUGUUGGAAAAUUAUUAAGGCCAGGUGAAAAACCAACAAAUUAUUCUGAUGAAGAUGAAGAUGUACCAACAUCAAAAUCAAAUGAAGAUGAAAAAAUUGAUGAAAUUGGUUCAAAACCGGCAACAACUACUGCAAAUGUAUCAACCGCACAAUCAUCUUCUGCAUCAGCAGCGAAUGAAGAUAGUGAAGUUAGAAAGAGAAUUACAACAUUAGAAGACUAAUUUUGUUUUUUUAUUUAUUUAUAUAAAAAACAUAAAAUCACAGAGAAAAAAAAAAAUAUAAAAAACAAAAACCAACAUUCAAUGUAAA